AUGCCGACAGUUAUAGACCUUGCUUUUCAGGAGAUGGAGAAGGAGUGGUGUCGCGAAGGAAACUGUAAAAAGAGUCACUUCCUUUGCGUCGAUGCACUCACAUCACGAUACAAGCCACUCCUGGAGUUAGGCAAAGAGUACAACGCCUCUCACCCCAUGAACGAAGAAAACUUCAGAAAAACCGCACCAAAUAUAGCUCAACAACUUGAGGGCUACCGCAAACUUUUAGACCAUCACACCAUUGAAGAUCUUCCUGUUUAUCACAGAGCCCAGCUCCAUAUGAGUUACGCCCGUGCUUUGGUACAAGCUCUCACCGAAAAUCACGAGAAUACCAAGGAGGAGGCCAAAGAGGACUUAUUGGGAGUGAUCAAUCACCAUCUUACUGAGGCGAAAGUUUGGGCCGAGAGACUCGUAUCGAUCAGAGAACUUGACAUCACAAGUGAGGAAUGUGUACCCAUGAGAGAUAUCAUUCAUGGGGUUGCAGAUAUUAAACGCUGGUUGGACGCCCGCGAGAAAUUUGUGACUCGCAAUAGAGAUAAUGUGAUGGAUAUUUGUCAUGAUUCUGGUCUUCUUGAAGAUGGCAGUGCCUCGGAUUCACAAUAUCCUGAAGGUACAGACUUGGCCGCUCAAGGAGAUUGGGAUGGAAGUGAUACAGUAACAGAGCGAGGCUUCAAUGACACGGUCGUUGAUGAAAAAUCACCGAUAUCCGAUGCAAAUCAUGAAGGAAAUGAGGAUCCCAAUGCGGAAGACCAGCUCGAAUCCAAUGAUCUCCAAGAUGUUUGUUACGAAGAGUUUGCUGGAAUGGCGGAAGAAUUUCACGACAAAGAGGUACCAGUAUGUCGUGUCGAGGUUGAAAAGGAUGAGCUGUUCACUUGUUCGGAGCUGAAGAUUGUUUGGGGGUUUUUCCACUACUUUCAACAUGAUAAGGUGGGAAUCUCGAACCUUAUGAACGACUAUCUCGACAAAAUUGAUCGUAAUAUUGACCCAAACAUAUCUGAAAUGAGAAAGUUAAGAAAGGGAUUGAAGGCAAUGGACAUUAAAAAAGUUGACGAGACCAAUGAAACCACGCCGGGCUCAUCAGAAUCAUCUUUCUUAUCAAAUCCAUCCACCUCAAAGGCUGAUACGAACUCGGCCAACAUUGGAGGAAACCUUCAUAAAAGAAGAAAGGUUGUCGAAGAUGAUGACGAUGAUGACAUACUCUGA